CCGAGAGCUCCCGGGUCUCGCACUACAUCGUGAACAGCCUGGGGCCGGCGGGAGGCCGAAGACCUGGCGGCGAGGGCCCCGGGGCCCCAGCUUGGCGAACACACCUUGCAGCCCUCCCUUAUUGUGUGCAGCUGCCCAACCAACCACGCUGGCUACAUGCUCCAGAUGUGUUCCUGCCUGAAGUAGACAGGAGGUAUUGGAUCUUUUGGGCCAGUGGGGAGAAGAGGCUGUGCAGGCACAGCUAUGGAGCAGAUGUAGAAACGUGGACAUCUAUGAGCAGAUUGCAUGGGGGAUGCAAGAGAAGGGGUACAGCAGUGUCACGUGAAAGCCAAGAAACUACAACAGGCAUAUCAGAAGGUCAGGAAGGCCAACGGUUGAUUUGGUGCCAAGGUGCAGAUCUGCCGCUUGUACAAUGAGCUUCAUGUCAGACUUGGUGGAGACCUCAUCCGCACGCUGCAGAGUAUCGUGGAUUCCUUGGUGGAGCCAGAGAGACAGACCCCUGCUGUGAACAGCGAGGGGGAUGAGGGACAUGUGACCUGAAGGUUGAGCUAAGCCUCAAGCCAGGAUCUGUAGGAGACUCGACUGCAGUCUAGUCAGUCCCAGCAGCCGAGCACAGGCGAGUCUAAUGCAGGGGAAGGAACCUCAGAGACUGUCCAGUUUGGCCGCUGUACAUAGCAGAGGGGCAUUGCUGGCACAUGAUGGCGUAUACAACAUUGGUGGAUGUGCAGGGUUGAAUCCCUCCAGAUUCCGAAUAGGUGACCAAGAGUUUGAUUCAUUACCAUCUUUACUGGAAUUCUACAAAAUACAUUAUUUGGACACUACAACCUUGAUAGAACCUGUUUCCAAAUCCAAGCAGAAUAGUGGAGUUAUAUUGAGGCAGGAAGAAGCUGAAUAUGUGCGAGCUCUCUUUGACUUUAAUGGAAAUGAUGAGGAAGAUCUUCCAUUUAAGAAAGGAGACAUACUGAGAAUCCGGGAUAAGCCUGAAGAGCAAUGGUGGAAUGCAGAAGACAGCGAUGGAAAGAGGGGAAUGAUACCUGUUCCUUACGUGGAGAAGUAUAGACCUUCCUCUGCUUCGGUAUCUACUCUGAUUGGAGGUAACCAGGAUAGUUCCCACCCACAGCCACUGGGAGGGCCGGAGCCAGGGCCCUAUGCCCAACCCAGCAUCAACACUCCGCUCCCUAACCUUCAGAAUGGCCCUAUUUAUGCCCGGGUUAUCCAGAAGCGAGUCCCUAAUGCCUACGACAAGACAGCCUUGGCUUUGGAGGUCGGUGAGCUGGUCAAGGUCACAAAGAUUAAUGUGAGUGGUCAAUGGGAAGGAGAGUGUAAUGGUAAACGUGGUCACUUUCCAUUCACGCAUGUCCGCUUGCUGGACCAACAGAAUCCUGAUGAAGACUUCAGCUGAGUGUGGCUCAACAGUUUUGCUUACAGAUGGGAACAAUCUGUCUGUGUUUCACUGCAGCCGCCAUUUAGACUGUGUUCCUACAGAUGUCGAAAGGAGUAUUGCUUAUACAAGCAUUCUGAUACCUGCAACCCCCGGGACUGAACACCACCUUUCCUUAUUCAGGGUACGAAACUAGAUAACCUGUGUGUCAAGUGGCAGAACUAGUACAUGAUUGUAGGUUGUAAUGCCUGCAUAUGUUCAUGUACAGAGCAUACCGUACCUUACCUGCAGCAGCAGGUGGAGAAAGCAGCAAUACAUCUGUUGAUUAGAGUUUUUAGGUUUCUCAAGUCCCAUUGCUUAUGUUGCUGCUUGCACGGGCAAUGCAAAUCAACCUUAGAAAAUUCAACAUAUGGGUAGGAAUUUCACAAACAGUUAAUUCUGGAGCUUUUGCCUUUGUUUUCGUUCUAACUUUAUUUGCCCUAACAAGUCUACAUAAUGUUUUGCACCAUGCAAAUAAUCUUUUUAGAUGUAGAACAUACAUUGGGAUAGCUUUGUGACUUACAGAUAUCUAACACUUCAAUAGUAAAUAAGAAAUCAAAUCUUCCUCCACGUCUUCAGAUGAGUUUGAGGACACUAGAGAUUGGUUUUUUCAGUACUGUUGCUUCAAACUUUGCUAGUAGCUAAUUUAACUUCAAGUUGAGAUGUUAUAUUAACACAUCCUGAUAUUUUUUACCCACAAAUACGUGUUUUAAGGAAUUGUAGACCUCCAUACCAGUGCUGACAAAUGUGUGCAUAGCACUUUACUCAUUAAUUCAUAGCUUCAAGGUAGUAUUUGAUUCAUAAGUGUAAUAAAAUAUGCAGCAUUGCUCUGAAAAAGUGACACAGAGCACAUUAGCCAGUUGUAAGAGAGAAAAUUAAAUUACAUUGGGACAGUUUCAUAACUCCUUUAUCCUUAGUGAAUCGUCUUAGUCAUUGGCUAGAGUAAAUCAGUGUCAAAUAUCUUGAACUAACAAAACUAAACAUUACCUUUAUUUUAAAAUAACUUUUUGGACUGCUCUGCUUGUUUCCAUCUGUAAAGCAUUUGAUAGUGAAUUCAUGAGAAGAUUUUAUUUGUAAUAAACUAAUAGAAAUA